AUGAAUGAACCCGUGAGAAAAUAGAAGAAUGCUACUGAAGCGGAAACCAUUUUCAAAGAAGAGGUAUUAUUAAUAUCUUUUAGGCUUUAUUUAGAUUUAUGAGAGAAAGAAGAGAAAAAGCAGAUUAGAAUUACUCGAAUUAGAAUAAGAGGAAAUAUGCAAUUAUUUAGAAGAAAUCAAAUAGUUAAGGAUUUAAAUAGAAGAGUUAAAGACUAGCAUAGUUGUAUUUUAGAUAAGAUAAUUUGAUUAUUAUCAAUAAAGUAAUAAAAUGGAAUUCUUUAUUACUAUAUCAUAAAGGAAAAUGA